AUGGCACCCUCCUUCCUCGAUUCCAAUCUCAACCCCCCCACAACGACAAUCUCAGCCAGACAUCCUACAGAGACUAUUGUCGCUGCUUUUCCGAACCCUUCUCUUCAAGUCACGGCAGAUCACAAACUCAAAUCUGACGAGGCCCCGAUAUAUGCUCCAAAGCACGGCGAAGUCCUUCUUCAGAUCAAAGCAACUGGAAUUUGCGGGUCAGACCUUCACUUCUGGAAAACUGGUCGGAUUGGAGAACUGAUCUUCAAGGGUGACUGUAUCAUUGGACAUGAAGCCGCGGGCGUUGUGUUGAAAUGUGGCGAGGGGGUCACUCAUAUCAAUCCUGGCGACAGAGUAGCUGUUGAGCCCGGCGUUCCCUGUGAAACUUGUUUCCUCUGCAACGACGGUCGUUAUAACCUUUGCGAAGAUGUUCAAUUCGCAGGCGUCUACCCUUACGCUGGGACAAUACAGAGAUAUAAAGUUCAUCCUGCAAAAUGGGUUCACAAGCUGCCGGAUAACCUCACCUACGCCGAAGGUGCUCUCCUCGAGCCCCUCUCUGUCGUCAUGCGCGGAAUGCAAGUCGCCGGUCUGCAACUCGGCCGCGGUGCUGUCGUCUGUGGCGCUGGCCCGAUUGGAUUAAUCGCCUUAGCUGCCGCACGAGCAUCGGGUGCUCAUCCUAUCGUCAUUACGGACUUGGAAUCUAGCCGGCUGGCAUUCGCCAAGGAAUUCGUCCCAAGCUGUAUCACAUACCAGGUAGACAGGUGUCUAGAUGCACAAGGAAACGCAAAGGCCAUCAGAUCGCUAUUCGGAGAUGAAGAAUAUUUCGCCCCAGAGACGAUACUUGAGUGCACAGGGGUGGAGAGUAGUGUCUGCACUGCUCUCUAUACGGCCCGACGGGGCGGUUCUGUGGUGGCAAUCGGCGUGGGUAAAGCUGCGAUGAAUAACUUGCCCUUCAUGCAUAUUUCUUUGGCCGAGAUUGAUUUGCGUUUCAUUAACCGGUACCGCGACACCUGGCCGCCAGCCAUUGCCUGCAUGAGCGGCGGAAUCCUCGAUCUCAAGAAGCUGGUCACACAUACAUUCCCAUUGGAAAAGGCCGAAGAGGCGUUGCAGUUAUGUGCUGAUGCGCAGCAUCCAAGCAUUAAAGUCUUGGUCGUGGAUGAGGUGGAUGCCACAUUAUAG